AUGGCAUCCGGCUUUGGCGCAUUUGGUGGCUCGGGACGUUGUUUCCCCAUCUUCUCUGACUUUGCUACAUGCGUGUCUGAGAAGUCAAUCGAGUUGUGCGAACCAUACAGAUCAGACUACUUUGAAUGUCUUCACAACCUUAAAGAGUACACUGUCAGCUCAGCACCAGAUUACUACAAGGACGAUGGAUCAAGAGCUGCAAGAGUCAGAGAGGCAAUCAGAAGAGUAGAGGAGUACCAACCAAAGGUUGGCAAGGAGUUGUAG